UUCAUUUUAACUUUUGACACUAUUACCACAAUACCUAAUAUAAUUGGACAUAAGAUUUAUCACGCGUCUAUACAUGUAUACAUUUACAUCUAUAUACAUCUACCAAUAAAUAUACAUAUACAGUAAGAACAUCGGUUCUUCCAUCAUUUUAUUGCGAACAACGUUGCUUUGUAGUAUUCUGCACGAGAUCGUUACAUAAACAGGUAUUAUUUUAUCCUCGCAUAAAUCAGAUACAUUUGAUAUAAUCUUUUACACAAUAAUUUCAUAUUGAUAAUCAUUGUAAUCUCAUCGAUCGACAAGUAUGGCAAAAGCAUCUCCAGGAGUAGCACCAACUGUGACUUUGAACAAUGGUACAAAAAUUCCAGUACUUGGACUUGGUACUUGGCAAGGUGGUGAUGAUCCAGAAAUAGUCGAACAAGCAAUUAAAGAUGCAGUCGAUGCUGGUUAUAGACACUUUGAUUGUGCUUAUAUAUAUGGAAAUGAAGCAGUGAUAGGGAAAGCUUUGAGAGAAAAAAUUGCUGAAGGUGUUGUUAAAAGAGAAGAUCUUUAUAUUACAACGAAGUUAUGGAAUACAAUGCAUAAAAGAGAAAAAAUUGUACCUGCAUGUAAGCAGUCGUUGAAAAAUUUUGGUUUUGAUUACAUUGAUUUAUAUCUUAUACACUGGCCUGUGUCUUAUGCGGACGAUGCAGAAGGACUUUGGCCAGUCGAUGAGAAAGGUAAUCCUAAGUAUGGACAUACUGAUUAUACUACAACGUGGAAAGGCAUGGAAGAAUGCGUUAAUUUAGGAUUAACCAAAAGCAUUGGUCUUAGUAACUUCAACUCAAUUCAAAUUGAUCGUAUACUUUUUAUGGCAACCAUAAAACCAGUAAUAAAUCAAGUCGAAUGUCAUAUUAAUUUGAAUCAAAAGAAGUUAAGAGAAUUUUGUGCAGCACGUAACAUUGCUAUUACGGCAUAUAGUCCUUUAGGUUCACCUAUGCGUCCUUGGGCAAAAUCUGACGAUCCACAAGUUAACAUCAAUCAGACUGAAGAAAUUGCUAAGAAAUAUGGAAAGACAUCGGCACAAGUUAUACUCAGAUAUUUGGUUGAUAUUGGUACCAUUCCGAUUCCUAAAUCUGCUUCUAAAAAACGCAUUCAAGAGAACAUUAAUAUUUUUGAUUUUAAACUUACUCCCGAAGAAAUAGCGAUUAUUGAUCAAUUUGAUUGUGGCAUAAGAGUUUGUUCAGCUAAAGAGUUCGAGAAACACAAGGAUUACCCAUUUAAUGUAGAAUUUUAAGCAUUUUAUUUGAUAUAAUUGUUUAUAUGAUUUAUUUUAUUUUAAUCAAUAAAUCAA